AUGUUGGCAACAUUUCCGAUAACUAACCUCAACCAGUUAUGGAGUUGGAAUGAAAACACCAUUCCACAUUGUCUGAUUGGCAAUUCAUUAGAAAAUUAUACAAGGUAUCGCGAUUAUCCAGAAACAUUACUUUGUCAUGAUAUGAAAGGAGGAUAUCUUGAUGAAGAAAGAUUAGACGGUUGUAAAGUAACAGAUUCAACAGCUCCAUUUAUAUUUUUUCAUUGGUGGUACAUCGAUAUUUUCGUAUAUUUCUCGCAUAAUUUCAUUACCAUUCCGCCCUUAGGUUGGAUUAACCAAGCUCAUAUGCAUGGUGUUAUAGUACUUGGAACAUUAAUCACCGAAUGGCAUGGAGGAGCUGAUCUUUGUAAGGAAUUUCUCAAAAACGAAGAUAGUGUGGCAAAAACGGUGAAAAAACUGGUGAAUAUUGCUGUGAAAUAUAAUUUUGAAGGCUGGUUAAUUAAUAUCGAGAAUAAAAUAGAAAAAGAAUCCAUCAUGUAUCUUGAUCUCUUCUUGAGAACGCUUACGAAUGAAAUGAGGCAAGCAGUUGGUCAGCGGAGUCGCAUUAUAUGGUAUGAUUCGGUUACAAUAGAUGGUGAACUGAAAUGGCAAAAUGAAUUGAACGAGAAAAACCAGAGAUGGUUCGAUAUUACGGAUGGUAUUUUUUUAAAUUAUAUAUGGAAUGUAAAACAGUUAGCGACAAGCGCUGUACAAGCCAAACAUCGCCAUCGGAAUAUUUUUGUUGGAGUUGAUUGUUUUGGUCGAGGAUGUCACGGUGGUGGUGGUUGGAAUUGUUAUGAAGCUUUCAUGUAUCCACGGCAGAAUAAUCUUUCAAUCGCUUUGUUUGCUCCUGGAUGGAUUGCCGAAGCGAUGCCUUGUCGAGAAAUCAUCGUUAAUUCUUUACGGUUUUGGGAUCGUUUGAUUACAUUUGUUCGACCACAUCCAUUGACAACGUUACCAAUUGAUACCGAUUUUAAUUGUGGUUAUAAUCACAGGGAUUCUUGCAAGUAUUACAAUUUGGCAGAAGCGAAAAUGCAGCCUUUUUAUCUAGCAAGUGGUGCAUUUCCAGAGUCUUCUGGUAUGCAUAUUGUUCUUCAGGGGCCAUCUUUGUACAGACUAUUUGUGACCAACUUAUGCUUGAAUGGAGAUUAUAUUGUGGAAGCUGUUUGUGACGAGACUCUGAAACUCAUGUUAUGGAUAAAAGAUAACGACAAAGAAGUGAUUAAACGUAUUAAAGACAAAGACGAAGAAGUAAAAAACAUUUGGAAUUUUCAUGUUAAGAACGAAAUUAUCGUUGGUGUUGGUCUGUUAUCGUCAAAUUUUGCCGUAUUACGCAAUUUUGUUUUCCGUAGGGAAAUCAGCAAAAGGAUGUUACCAUAG